AUGCGUACCCGUUCCCACCCCGUCUCGCCUGGCGGGCUCGUCUCGCUCGACGAUGUCCCUGCCCCACGCCGCCGCAGCACGCGCAGCGUGUCUGCCCAGCCGCAGGACGCCGAGCCCGGCUUGGGUGCGGUGGAGGCUGCAAAGCUGAAGCCAACCCCGAAGACCCGGAGAACUCGUGCCAAGAGUACCCGCGGCAAAAAGUCCGAGAAGAGCAGCCGCCGUCCUACCAAAUCUGCCGAGCCGGAGCAGAAGGACGCGGCCUCCAUACCUGCCGAGGAAGUCGGCCAGGACGACAUCGAAAUGGUUGGCUCCCCCCAAGUUGCGAUUGACGACGAGCAUGUUACCCCCAUCGUUACAAUCACCGAGGACCCUGCGGUCGAGAGGCGUCUCCCAGCCGACCUGAUGCAGGAUGUCGAAAAUGUUGUGCCAACCAUCUCGGAGACAGCCUCCUCGGCUCAAUCUCCCGUUGCCAACAUUGGGGACUCUGCAAUGGAGAUCGACCACCCGGAUGACCUUAUGCAGGAUGUUCACCAUGAUGCCAUUCCCAUUGGAUUGGAAUUACUCGUCGCAUAUUCCGAACUCAGUGCUGAUCAAUUUGCGGCUGAACAGAGUCACGAAGACCGCGAAAUGCAGGACGAACCUACCUCCGUGAUCCCCUCCAUCGAGACUGGCGAUGUCGAGCAUGGCGCCGGUGCCGGUGCUGCACAACGUGAGUGGAUCCCCACCCUUGAUGUCUUUCGUCUCAGCAUCACGAGACCCGUCUACCGACAGCUGCGACUUGCCGGUAUCUGCGACAAGUUAUCGCGUUUCCGCGACUGGGCCGCCCAGCGCCUGUCCCGGAAUCAACGUGAUGAAUUUUAUCACCUCCCUUUUCCCAUUAACCCAAUUAUUCAUGGAUUCCGCGACGGCCAAGGGAACGCAAUUGACCAAAUCGUACUGAUCCCUAUUCGCUCAGGCCGGAACCUCGCCCGCCGGACCCCCCGAACCUCGCCCCCUCGCCGUUCUUCGACCUCUCAGCGUGCUACUGAGGGCUCUCAGGUUUUGAGACCGCAGAAAGCCACUCCCAUUCGCCGUUCCUAUUCGAACAUCUCCCAGACUCGUCGCACCGAGGCCAGUGGCCGCAUCAAUCGCACCUUGUACCGCCUACCUGAUCUCUUGACUCAGAAUGAUUCAGAUGGAGAAGCUCCUGCGCAGGACCGUCACCAGGUUGUAGAGACCCAAGAGAAUGUAUCUGUCGUUGCUAAUCCUGCGACUCCCGAGGCUGUUCGGCCCAGUACUCCCAUGACAGCUCCUCCGGCUGCCCAUGUCGGAAACCCUGCGGCAAGCCCUAACGCUUCCCCCAGCUGGUCGCGAUGGAUUUUCAACAAUGUUUCUAGAAGAUGGACGAAUAUCCGUGAGAGGCUUGUUCCUCGUCCGACCGAUGAAACCCAGUCAACUGCUGAAGCCGUUGAAGCCGCCGAAGCCGUCGAACAAUUUACUGCACCCACCACAUCAGCCGAGAUCAGCCUGGCUACUGCGACUGCGCCCGAGGUGCCCCCUGAAGCCGUUGCGCCUCUACCUGCACGCAACACCUGGCGCCGGCGCUCAUCUUUUCGUUCAUCUUUUCUCCCUCACGACCUACCCGUUUCCCGCCCUCGUCGUCCUCGUCGCAUUUCAACUACCGAUCGUCCAGUGGCUGCGCCCAAGCCUCGCCCAGAGCCUACCGCUGCAUCUGAGCUUCGAUAUGAUCUCUUCCCUCGUCCAUACGAUGCAGAGCUGCUCAAGAGGUGCUAUGCGCGAGGAACGAACCCCCAUCUGACUCAGCCUUCCCAAACUGCAGACACUACGCAGACUAUCAAUAAAGCUGCUAUCUCUGCUCCCAAUGAGGCUAUAUCUCCCCCCAAUAACGCUACCCCUGCUUCCACUGAGGAUCAACCGCUCAAGCGCAAGCGUGAGGAGCCUGAUAGGAUCCCGAACCCGAAGGGUUGCAGUUAUGGUAUGGAUGAGGAGUACUUUGACUUCACUGACGCCGAGUGGGAUGAGGAAGAAAAACGUUUAGCUGCACUUGAAGCAAAGGAAGCAGCUCAACCUGUCACUAAGAAGCAGCGCGUCGAUGCAUCGCAGCCGCGCCGGCGUGCGACCACUCGACCGAAUACUCCCAAUGCUCCUCUCAGCUCUAUGUCUCCCUCGCGGCGUCCUGGAUUUGUUCCUAACCGCCGAGGCACAUACACUGCCCCUGAUCUGUCUCCAAUCGACUCAAGUGGCUUGAUGUCUGGCGCGGAGUCGUCUCCGAUCACCCACUCUUCCUCAGAUCAAACCGCCCUUGCUCAAACCACCCCCAAAUCGACUGGUGCAACCCAGACACACCAGCUUAACACACCCAAGACCCAGCGAGGUCCAGGUUCCAAAUUCAAACCCUCUGGUACGUAUCAAGCUCCUUCUUGUUCUUCUCUGGCAGAGGAGACUCCGCCGGAUGAACUGCCCCUUGUUCCCACCACUCCUCCCCGCACACGAAAUACCUUCGAGACCCCUUAUUCCCUUGAGUGGCCGAGUCCUGGCUUUACUCCUUCGCCCCCGCGGGAGCACUGGGACUUUUGGGCAGACCUUGAUGAAAAGCAAAUCCGUGAGCGACGUAUUCACCUUGCUAUCGCUCAAUAUGCUCGGACGAAUGGGGGUGGAAUCAUCACCAAUGUCAUGAUGCGUGAUCACUCGAUAUUUGCGAGUAUCGAUAUGGAUUGCUACCACAGAUCUGUGAAUCGUCACGGUCACUACUACGGCCCAACUCUCCUGGAAGAAAGACGCCGGUUCACUGCCAGAUUUCUGCAAAAUGGCAGGAUGAAGAUCGAACCCUUAUACUUUACCUACUCAGACGGAACAUUCAGAACAUACUCCGAGACAGAAGAUACUCCCCUUGUUCGUGUCAGAAGUGAUGGAAGUCUCGGAACUCAUCAUGCCUACACGAGGGAGCCCAAGGAUCAAACAUAUACUGACGACGUUGAAUCUCAAGUUACCGCCCCGAACUCCAACGAUGCCCCCGAAUCUCGUGAAACCGCCCCUACCGGCGCCCCUCACAAUCUCGAACCCCCCGAUGCCACCACCCAAGACCGGGAAACCCCAAACACUGAUACUGACACCGACGCCGACGCCGACGACGACGCCGCCGAUGGUCCAUCCCCCUUAACCCGAGCUCGCAACAAGGCUGAACAAUUCAAGCCCAAGACUCCAAGUCGUCUUCGGGAGGCUCAUCCUUUCGCGAGCAGUAUCGCCUCUGCCACCACCGCCUCGCCGUCCUUCUUGGGUGUUACAACGGGCACCCCAUCAAAUUUCGGCGCAACCUUGAAUACUCCCUCCAACCUGGGCGCGUUGACAUCUUCUCCUGCCAUUUACAGUGACUCCAUGUCCAUUGAUACCACCCUUGAACCUGCCACCCCGGGCGAAGAUGCUAAUUGGCUGCGUCAAGUAUGCCCAAGUGGAGAGAUCUCCCAGCUCCCAUGGCCGGAACCGGCCAGCCUUGUUGAGACUUUGGGCAUCGAUCCUGCUGCUGCUGAUCUUGUGAACCAGAAUGUGGAUCCAAAGAAGGAGGUAGAGGCAGCUGCUGCUUGGCAGACCAUGUGGGAAGAAUUCCAGCGAGGAGAGCUGGUUUUCUGA